CACGGGCAAUGUAUAAGGCACCCGCUUCUUCCGUCCCGUGCUCAACCUGUCCCGACCAGGUUUUCCCCAACCCGCGAACCAGCCAAACCCUAGAACGAACCGACCGAGCAGGACAUCGCCACCCCACGGACUCGCCGCAGCCGCUGCCGCUGCCGCUGCCGCUGUCGCGUCGCAUGGCCGAGUACGUGGAGCGCUACAAGGGCAACGGCGAGCCCGCCUCCGUCACCGGAGUUUCCCCGCCGACCAAGCCCACCAGUUUCUCCGACCAACCUGACGGUCGCUCUCAGCAGGAGGUACAGCCACAUGAGGGAAGGUCCUCAAAAUCUAGAGAGAGGGACAGAGGACGAGAGAAAGACAAGGACAAGGAGCGUGAUAGAGAACAUGGAAGAGAUAGAGAAAGGGGCAGGGAUAAGGACAGGGAGAGGAACCGGGGUGAUCGGGACCGGGAACACGACCGCCACCAUAGGGAGCACCGUGAAAGAAGUGAAAAAAGGGAGCACCGUGGCCAUUCUGAUGACCAUGAUCGUCAUCGCAGCCGUGACCAUGAUGUUGAAAGAAGAGACCGUGACAGAGAUGGUCAUCGCAGGCAUCGCUCUCGCUCCCGUUCUAAGGGUCGUGAACGUAGAUCCAGAUCUCGUUCGCGUUCUCGAUCAAAGAGCAAGCGGGUGAGCGGAUUUGACCAGGGACCAUCGCAAGCCAUUCCUAUGGUUACUCCUGGCACGACCCCAGGUCAGCUGCCUGCAGUUGCCCCUCUUAUUACCGGGAUGCUUCCAAAUAUGUUUAAUUUCACCGCUCCUACACAGUUCAACCCUCUAGUUAUGCAACCACAGGCCAUGACACAACAGGCUACCCGGCAUGCUAGGCGUGUUUAUGUUGGUGGACUUCCACCAACUGCCAAUGAGCAGACAGUUGCUAUAUACUUCAAUCAAGUUAUGGCUGCUAUUGGAGGAAACACAGCUGGUCCUGGUGAUGCUGUUCUUAAUGUCUACAUAAACCAUGACAAGAAAUUUGCUUUUGUGGAGAUGAGGUCCGUGGAGGAAGCUAGCAAUGCAAUGGCCUUAGAUGGUAUAAUGUUUGAAGGAGCACCGGUGAAAGUUAGAAGGCCAACAGACUAUAAUCCUUCCCUGGCUGCUGCACUGGGUCCAAGCCAGCCAAACCCUAAUCUCAAUCUUGGUGCUGUUGGCUUGACACCUGGCUCAGCUGGAGGUUUAGAAGGCCCUGAUCGCAUCUUUGUGGGUGGCCUCCCGUACUACUUCACCGAGGCUCAAGUGCGGGAGUUGCUUGAAUCCUUUGGACCGUUGCGAGGAUUUGAUCUUGUGAAGGAUAGGGAGACAGGCAACUCGAAAGGAUAUGCCUUCUGUGUAUACCAGGAUCUUAAUGUCACUGACAUUGCCUGUGCUGCCCUGAAUGGUAUCAAGAUGGGAGACAAGACCCUUACUGUUAGGCGAGCAAAUCAAGGCACUUCUCAACCAAGGCCAGAGCAAGAAACCAUCCUGUUGCACGCACAACAACAAGUGCAGAUGCAGAAACUCGUGCUACAAGUUGGAGGGGCUCUACCAACAAAGGUGGUAUGCCUGACCCAGGUGAUUUCUGCAGAUGAACUGAGAGAUGAUGAGGAAUACGAGGAUAUUUUGGAAGACAUGAGGGAAGAAGGGCGCAAAUAUGGUAACUUGGUUAAAGCUGUCAUCCCACGACCUGACCCCAGCGGCGCCGCUGCUGUUCCUGGAGUUGGAAAGGUGUUUCUGGAAUAUGCAGAUAUUGAUGGCUCGACCAAGGCCAAGGUCGGGAUGCAUGGCAGGAAGUUUGGCGGGAACCAGGUGGUGGCGGUGUUCUACCCUGAAAACAAGUUUACUGAUGGAGAUUACGAUGAUUAGAUGAAAUCCUCUGCUCAGUUGACACCCGUGUCAUGGCGUUUGCUUAGUUUUCAAAUCGAAUCCUUUUUUAAUCUGUUUGUGGAACUGUAUGCUGGAUAUAUAUGGUAGUAUAAUUUUAUUCGACAAGUACUGUAUGUGCAAAUUUGUGCGUGCUCUUUGACUAAGAUGGCUUUGAUAUGA